AUCUCAAUAAGCUGUUUUCCUCUUGGAUUUCAUAUAGCAGUGAACUCAUUUUUAGAGAAGCAUAAACCUGAAGUGGUGGAAAUACAUGUGUUGAUGACGCCUGCUAUGCUUGCUAUUCAGACUUUGAUCCUGGACAUUUUGAAUGCAUGUCUGAGAGAACUCAAAUGUUACAAUCCAGCUCUUGAAGUAGAAGAUCUAUCUUUAGAAAAUGCUAUUGGUAAACCUUCUGACAAGAUGAUACAUCGCUAUCUAGAUCCUCUGUGCCAUCAACUUGGAGCUAAGACAAAAUCUUUGGUCCAGAAUUUGAAGAUACUACGUACUUUGCUACUGUAUCUAACUUGGUAUGUUUGUGUCGCUUUCCUUAACCUUCUAGAGUCACUGAAAGCAAGUGAAAAAGCUUUUGGUGAGAAUUCAGGUUGGCUGUUUCUUGACUCCAGUACUUCCAUGUUUGUAAAUGCUAGAGCUAGAGUUUAUUGCAUUGCAGAUGAGAAACUGAAUCAGAAAGGCAAAGCCUCUGAAAAAAGUGAUGGAAAGAAGGAAAAUAAACUGAAGAGGGAAUUGGUCCUAGAAAGCAACUCCAAAUGGCAAGCUUUGAGAGAAGUCCUGAAGGAGUUUGAAAAUGAGAAUAAGAACAGUGAAGACCUUGGUGGUCCAGGGCAAGUGCUUAUUUGUGCCAGUGAUGACCAAGCUUGUGCACAGCUCAGGGAGUACACUAUUGCUGGAGCAGAAGCUUUUUUAACAAGACUGUGUAUCAAAACCUUUGGAAAGGAUGAGAAAACUGGAGAAGUGUGUAUUAAGGACAAAAAAGCUCUCAGGUCCAAAGGAAAUGCCAGGCCAGACACGGCACCUCAAGCCAAAAAAGUUAGACUCACGGCUUCUUCAAAACAAAAUAAAUUCAAGAAGCAGCAAGACCAGACUAUAAUCCAAAUGAUAAGGAAGACUGAGGAGAAGAGAGAAGAGUUAGGGGUGGAAGAUAACAAAGAAGAUACCUUUUCUUAAACAUCUUAUAUUUUUUAACAUCUUAAAGCUGUGCCUUGCCAAGUGACUUCCAAAGCAGGCUCUGGAGCCUUUCAACAAGACUGAAAUCUGGAGUCACAAGGGAACUCUGUGCCAGCUCUGUCAGUACAACUGAGCUCUCUGACCAAGCACACUGCCAUACAGAAACGUAAUUGGGUUUAUACCUCAGGCUCGUUUACAAUCUA